GAUUUUUUUCAUGCACACGCACACACACACACACAGACACACGCACGCGCGCGGUCACACACACACACACACACACCUUCAGGGCUGAGGAGCUGCUGAGUCUCUGCUCCACAUCCUCUGUGUAUCUGAGUGAGCUGGUGAUGAUGGCAGAGCAGAAAUAAGCGCAGAGAGCGGGACUGAGGAAGCGCAGCGGCAGACGGCGGGAUGAUGGAUGCGCACAGCUGCAGGACGCGAAAGUGGCUUUGGCAUCGCGGUGUAUCGAUUCUCCUCACCGUAUCGGUGUUCCUGCAGACAGCGUGUGUCAGAGCAGCUGAGCCGGUGGACGUGCUGAAGGUUUUGGACUUUCGCAGUUCUCCAGAGGGAAUAACGAAAACGCAGGGCCUGUGUCCUGUCAGGAGAGGAUCCAAACCCGAUGUGGCGUACAGAGUGGACAAAACGGCGCAGAUCAGCGCUGCAACGAAAAAACUCUUUCCAGCUGGAGUAUUUCCUGAAGAUUUCUCCAUCCUCAUGACCAUAAAGCCCAAAGCUGGAACUCAGGCCUUCCUCUUAUCAGUGUAUAAUGAUAAGGGACUGCAGCAGCUCGGCGUGGAGAUCGGACGCACUCCAAUCUUCCUGUACGAAGAUCAGCACGGAAAACCCACGCCUGAAAAUUAUCCGUUAUUCCGAAACAUUAACCUCUCCGAUGGAAAGUGGCACCGUGUGGCGAUCAGCGUGGAGAAGAAAUCCAUCACCAUGAUCGUCGACUGUAAGAAGAAAAUCUCAAAGCCUCUGAGCAGAAGUAAUAAACCUGUAAUCAGCACCGACGGCAUCACGGUGUUCGGCACCAGGAUCCUGGAUGAGGAGGUUUUUGAGGGAGAUAUCCAGCAGCUGCUGCUGGUCGAAGACGCUCGAGCUGCGUACGAUUACUGCGAACAUUACAGUCCCGAGUGUGGAACGCCGCAUCAGGAAACACCGCAGGCUCAGGAACCCGAGGAGGAGGUGAGUCGGAAUAAAAAAGGAAAAAAUAAACGAAUAAAUAAACUUAAAGAGAGAAGUGUUUAGAUUUCCUGCAAUUCC